GUGUCUUGUACUGAGAUUCACAUUAUCAUUAUUUCAUUAUGAUAGUGUUAUGCAUUAUAGGUGAUGGUGAGCGCAGGCGGGCUCCCGGGGCGGCUGAGGCGCCUAAGCUGCGCACGCGCUCUGCUGUUGCUGGUGAGCUGGGGCGCGCUGUGCGCGUUGUGGCUGCCGCGCAUGCGUGUUCCGUCCGCCGCGCGCCCAUCGUCUUCCACCCCCGCCUACCCCUACCAGCUGCCCGCCGAUGUCGAGCGCCAGCUCCCAUUCCUCCCCCUCGCAUAUUUCUACAAGCACCGCAAUGAAACAAAUAAAUUCUACAAAACGAAUAACUGCGCGCCGUUGCCGUCCAUCUUUGAACUAGAGUACUGCAACAUUUACUGGCAGACGAUGCGUUCGAGCCAAGGCGUGUUCCACCUGUACGGCGCUUAUCUUGAUAUCCGCAGUGCGUCGCAAAUCGGCCCUGCCGUGCGGCUGCUGGUCGUGCACGACCGUCUCGAGCCCUGGUUGCCCGCACACUGCCAGCUUUGGUUCGAGGAGCGCCCCGGCCCCGUCGUCGUGCGCGUGCUCCAGUACACGUACAUGUGGGAACCAAAGUGGGGCAACUACAUCAACGGCUUGCUGCAGCCGUACUUACUGACUUGCGUGCUGCCGACGGACGUGCGCGCGCUGCGGCCCGCCGCCGUGUCGCUAGUGGAGAAGCCGUGUGACCGCGCCACCAACUGCUUGCGCGUGCACUUUGACGAGCCGCCCGACCGUGCGCAAAAGGAGUUCGCCGUCUGUGUCAAGGGGCUAGACUUCCGCCACGAGGACCUGUCCGUGCGCCUCGUCGAGUGGAUUGAACUCGUGAGACUGCUCGGCGCCGACAAGGUGUUCUUCUACGAGCUCCAAGUCCACCCCAACAUCAGCAAGGUUCUCGCCUACUAUCGCACGCGGGGGAUAGUGGAGAGCACACCCAUCACGCUGCCGGGCGGGCAGCCCAACCUGCCGGGCCUGCAGCACGUGUACAUGAGGAAGAGGAUCAAUAACAAGCGGCAGAUGGAACUGGUGCCGUACAACGACUGUUUGUACAGGCACAUGUACCAGUACCGUUGGAUAACUUUGUUAGACGUUGAUGAAGUCAUUCUGCCGAUGGAAGAUUCCAAUUGGAGCUCGCUGCUUAAGCGCCAGCCGCCGAGCACCUCCUACCUUGCACAACAUGUAUACUACCUAGACGAGCCGGCUAGCUGGGAGCCGGGCGCGCCGCGCUACAUGUACAUGCUGCAGCACGUGUACCGCACGCGCAACUUUACCGAGCCCCAUUCGAACGUCAAGGCCUUCCACGAGACGGGGCGCGUGCUGGCGCUACACAACCACUUCCCGCUGGCGUGCAUCGGCGGAGAAUGCUCGUCGUACGCAAUGAGUAAUGCCCAGGUGCGCCUGCACCAUUACCGCGCUAACGGCUUGCGUAAGCUGAGCCAAAGGGUGCGCUUGUCGCCGGUGCGCGAUAUCGCGCUCUGGCGCUGGGCCCGGCGGCUCGUGCCGCGCGUGGAGCGCGCGCUUGCCGCGCUGGCGCUGCUGCCACCCGAAGAGCCCGAGUGCGCACCCUCCACCCCCACCACCAAAACACCUCUACCUACACGCUGACUAGUGACUAGUCAGUAUUCACCUGCCCCAUGGAGAACGCUCCAGGAGCUAGUUAACACCCGGAAAGCCUCACUAGCUUUUACAUACAUACAUACUUAUGCACUAGCACGGCAGU